AUGUAUUUCUUCAUCACUCAGUUAUCGGUGUGCGAUAUCCUUCUGACCACAAAUACAGUCCCCAACAUGCUCCAUAUUAUAAUUAAUGGAGGAAGCACAAUCUCAUUAAGUGGUUGCAUCACUCAGUUUUACUUUUUUUGUGUUCCAGAAGCAACGGAGUGUUUCAUCCUCACCGUGAUGUCCUGUGACCGGUAUUUAGCCAUUUGCCGCCCGCUGCGUUACACGUCCAUCAUGACUUUCCAGUUUUGUCUCCAGCUCAUUCUUAUUUCUUGGCUUAUGUCAUGUAUACUAACAUUAAUUCUUGUACCUCAAAUUGUUGCUUUACAGUUUUGUGGUCAUGUAAUUGACCAUUAUUUCUGUGAUUUUCUUCCUCUCAUAAAGCUGUCCUGUACAAAGCAUACACUUGUAGAACUCAUAGAUUUUAUCUUAGCCAUUCCAUUUGCAACUGUGCCUUUCUUCUUUAUCCUUUCUACAUAUGUUUACAUUUUUAUCACCAUCCUUGGAAUCUCCUCCAGCACCGGGAGGCAGAAAGCCUUCUCCACCUGCAGCUCUCACCUGACUGUAGUGGUCGCCUACUAUGGGACUCUAAUAUCAGUUUAUAUGGCUCCUUCCAAAGUGCAAUCAUAUAAUAUAAAUAAAGUAUUGUUUCUUCUGUAUACAGUUUUAUACAGAGACCAGACAUCACUAGCAUCUCUGACCUCAGGAUCCCGAAGCACCACUAUUUUCCAGUUGGAGGACCGAACCUAA